AUGCGGCGCCGCCAGCGUUUGUUUGGCGAUGCCGACGAUUCAGACGCAUCGUUCUCGCCCGAGGAUGACGAAGUCUUUGACGUGAACGAAGAUGAAGUGUCUGACGCAGAGACCGACAUCACCGAGAUCAACCCCUUCGAUGAUGUUGACGACCAUGUUGACGUCGAUGAUCUUACUCAGCUCCUUGACAACGUCCACCCGCCAGAGUAUUACCAUCGGAUAGCGGCAGAGGUCAAUGAGGGUGCUCUUGACGGUCAAGACUACAGUCCUGGGACCGAGAAACUCCUCAACGCGGUUGAGGAACACUGGCAGCUCUUUUGCAACAAGAACAAAUUUGGCAAUCCCCAUGAGUGCCUCCAAUCCAUUUCCAUCGGUAUACUCGCAAGCUUCUUCACAUGGCGCCUAGACCUGAAGGCUGGCAAGGAUGAUAGGAAGAUGAAGGGCAUCAAAACAAGCAGCGCACUGGGUACAACCUGGAAGGUCUUCCGACUUGUAUACGAGAGGGUCGUAGGUGCAAAGCUCGACCCGAAAAUGAAUCGUCAGAUGCAUAGGGUCCUUCGAAAGCUGGCAAAGGAUCAUGACUUGAGCACAAAGAAGAGGGAGAACCGCUGCAUGACAAUCGAUGACCUCAAGGAGCAAAUUGAAACAACGGUGAGCACGACGAGAAAGUCGUUUGAUCUCGGAGAGCUCCGGAUUCUUGCGGUUUUAUUCCUUCUCCUACUUGCUCCUGCCGGUGCUCGUCCCUUGGCCAUCUUGCGGCUCCGGUUUAGAGACAUUCGAGUUGUAUUGGCAAGAGACCCUGAAGGAGGACCCCACAACAUUCUUAUCCAGUUCACGCCGGAGUUUACCAAGACGUACCUCGGUACCAAGGACGCCAAGACAUUUACUGUCCCCGAGACAAUUUUCGAUCCAACCUUACUUCUUAGCCCCCAUGCCUUCCUCUUGGGCAUCUUGUUCCGGCAUCGAGCCUUUCUGGCAUCUUACCUCGUCUCAGCUGUGCAGCUGGACAACUUGGACAUCCACCCUGACGACCGGGAGUUGCGUUUGCCACUCCGAGAUGAUUUGGAUGACGUACCCUUGUUCCGCCUAGCCGUCAAAACCGCUACCGGCUUCGAGAUGUCACUAACAGAACCCAUCACGUAUGGCAUGAUGGCGGCAUGGAUUAAGAGAAUUGGAGAAAUAUUAGGCCGACUGUAUACUACCAUCUGCUAUAGCCUGCGCUAUAACGCUGGCAACGAGCUCGACGGAAGCCCCUAUGCUAGCGAUGCUAUCCGCAACUUAGCGCUCGACCACGACAGUUCAGUUCCGUUCCAGAAGCAUUACCUCGGACGCCAACUACGCCUAGAUACCUGGGCGAUCAUCCGGGGCCAGAGACCGCAACAGGCGCUGCUGAAGCAGGCUUGUAGCAUCGGUCAUGCGAACAGCAAGCGGCGGCCGACCGAUUUGACGGCAGAGCAAGCUGCAUCUGUCAGCACAUACCCUCGCAUCAGGAAGCUAACGGAACAGGUCCGACGGCUGCCACCUGGAUCGAAGAAACGCCAGGACACCGUUCGAACGCUAAGGAACGAGAAGCAGAGGCUCAAGAGGGAACUAUUGCAACGAAUCAAAGACGCUUGGACGGAUGAGCAGGCUGUGGAUGAUAUCCAAUCCCAACUCCAGGGCCGCGGGUUCUCCAAACCCAUGGCCGUAGAUGCAACCUGUCCCCCUCAGCGUCCAGCACAGAAGCGCCUAGUUGAAGCGCUGACCGCCGCAGUCGAUAACACUCUCGAAGGAUAUUAUAGACGCAGGGACAACCUCAUCGACGCCAUCGUCGCUUACUGCAGCGUGGUAGAAGGCCGUACCGCACGUCGAACCAACGUCUCGGCAGCGAAGGAGCCGCUGCCCAGUUCUCAUUGUGGCCCAUCGGAAGAUAGCCCCGUGGGUAUCGCCGUGCUCUCUGUAUUCGUCAAAAACGAGAAAGAGAGGCCGAGGAGAUGUUUUCUGUGCAUCGGUGCUGCACUCUCUCUUGAACCAAACGACCCUCGUGUGAGCGAGCUCACCCAUGAGUUUUACACUUCCGGUGACCUGUCGAAGCACUUCCGCCGAAGGCAUCUUGAUCAGCUGCCUGAUAAUACCCCCUCUCGGUGUGAGGUUUGUGACCUAGACCUACAGCAUAAGAUGCAUGUACAGAACCAUGCCAUGAGGGUUCAUGGUACGGUAUCCUAA